GUCCAUGCCAUAUAAGUCGCUUUCCGAGUGAUCGAUGAUAUCCUUGGAAAUUUUCUGAUUCGCUUCCAAGGACAGACAAUUUUAUUCACUACCCACAUAAAAUCAGACGCCUUGGCCAAGAAUCCAUCCACAGUCAAUCUUACGCCCCUCUGAAACAUUUGAACUACUGAACUGGAAUUAAAAAAAAAAAGUGUGUGUGUGACUUAUUCACGAUUUCAAAAAUCAUACGUUCGCUUCAAUAUCUGCGAAAGCCAACGAUGAAGGUCACGGCUGUUCUGCUGUUCAUGGCUGUCAUUUUAGCAGCUUUGAUUUCGUCGGCCAUGUCAAAUCCUUACAGUUACUAUCGCAAUCAAAUACGUGGUAAUUCUGGUGGACGCCGGCGUGAACCGUACGCUCUACCAGGUGAACUCAAGGAAGACGUUCCACUGAGGUAUCCUUAUGCGAUCGAAAGGCCCGACAAAGACGACCAAACCUUUUUUGUGCCAGUUUGAAAUGUCAGCGCGGAAGGACGACUUCAUCCCACCAUUUUUAUUCGGAUAAGUGUAAAUUUUUCUAUAUGUGAAAAAAAAUCUAAAAGAAUUUUCUCACAGAAUGUAUUCCUUUCCAUUUGUUGUUCAGAAAAAAACAUCAGAAAUUCCACGCAUCCGUCGUUCAAAUGAAAGCAGCACAAACUUGUGAAAUAUAAUAUCGCUUUUCAGGCGUAAUUAAGAAGCGUUAUCGCGGG